GGAUUGGUAUCAGAACUGUCUGAACAGUAAUACAAGUGUGAUUUCAAAGUUACAUACGUGGUAUUAGCAAAAGUCGAAAAUGUCGACUAACAAGUUGAUCUUUUAUCUGGCUAUAGUGGCCAUCACUGCUAUUUUCUCACAAGUCAGUUCAACUCCAUAUGGUAGUCACUAUGCUGCCAACAAUACCAACAAGUCUCAUCAUUUGAUUGUUGGAUCCAGAAUGCCUGGUGACAGGAUUACACUCAGAGAAAACAUAGUCAAAAGUUCAUCGUGGAUGCAAAUAGUUACUGUACAGAAGACCUUCAACGUCUCACGAUGGGAAAGAAUCACCCAGGUUCAGGCUCUUGAUCAGAAGACCAAUGGCAAUGGUGCGUUCGCCAGUAUAUUGAACGGUGGUCCAGGGUUCAGCAACGUUACCUUGAGGUUCAAGAGUCAGAGGGGACAUGGAAUCAACUUCAAUGUCCAAAUUUUUACACGUACUUAAAAAGGUGACGUGAUAUUUACCGAUGGGUUUUGUCGCAAGCAAGAUACAGGUUGACGAUUAUUUAUUUCACAAAAUGGAGAACCACUUCUUUGAAUUGUAAUUUGUAACUUCUUUUUUUCUCUUUCGUUAUGAUUAAUAAAAAUUGUUGAUUGCUUUGGAAAUUAAAA